GAGAGCUUGGUAGCUGAUUUGCUCCGCAAAAAUGCACGAUUGGGACAACGGUGUCGUCACUUCGAGGUAAAACGUCAAGCAAAAUAUAGCACAUUAAAGAGACGUGUGACGAGGAAGGAUGAUGAUGAAGGCAAAACUAAGAGAGAAAAAUUAGAAAUCCAAAAAAUUAUGAAGUCAACUGAAAUACAAGUAAUUGUAGCUACUCUAAUAAUGACAAUCACGUUCGCAGCUGGAUUUACAUUGCCAGGAGGUUUAGACAACGAUGACGGGACGGCGAUUCUAAUUAAGAAAGCAGCAUUCCGUGUAUUUGUUAUUUCGGAUGUCCUGGCAUUUACAUGCUCUGCUGCUGCUAUAUUCCUCUACUUUACCAUGUCAGACAGCGAUGUAGACGUUGAUGAAGAAAUUAAGAUCGACUUAGUUGAAGUUUUAUGGAAGAAUUAUCGUCUAGCACGUUUUCUCCAACUUUUUUCAAUGGGUGCAGUUGUAAUUGCAUUUGUAACUGGUAUGUAUGCUACUUUAGCAAAUUCACUUGCUCUUGCUGUUAGUGUUUGCGUCAUUGGUUGCUACUUUUUUGGAAUGUACACGUGGAAUAGUGUUAUUACUGGUGGAUCUGACCUGUACUUCCUUGAGGAGAUUAAACUUCUUAUUACUGGUGGAUCUGACCUGCACUUCCUUGAGGAGAUGAAACUUAUUCCCUUCAUUUAA